AGAAAAAACUUAAAAGGUUUUGCUGACAGUUACUGAAAAUUACAUGUUAAUCUGAUUUCCUUAAAUACAUAAUACUUUUCAUAAACCAUUGCUUCUUUUCAGAAACCCUGUAGAAUCUGAUCAUUAUCCAUAAAUGAACUAAAUUACACAAUUAUUACACUUCAAAAUUAGAACUAUUGGUUGCUUUUUAUCUAGAUAAUUUAUUAUUUAUAAGUUUUGUUGUAAGAUUAUUAAUGUAGUAUUCUUAGAUUGCAGAAAGCGAUUGGUUUAAAAUACGAAGGUUCCACACUCUAUUUAUUGGGACUUUUAUACUGGAAUACAUCAAGAACUAAAGAAUCUUUUGACUAUUUUAUGAAGGCUGCUAAAGAAGAUCCAUACUAUUCGAAAAAUUUUUUAUAUUUAGGACAUUAUUAUCUGAAAACUAAUCAUGAUUUUAUAAAAGCAUUAAAAUGUUACAAGAAAGCAUUUGAAUUGGAUAUUUAUGAAGAAGAAGCAGGAAUAGCUUUAACUGAUAUUUUAAAGGAAAUGAAAGAAGAUGAAACUAAUCUUCAAGUGUUGCAAAAAGUUGUUAAACAAUCACCAAUAGGAAGUGCUAAAUGGGCAAGAUUUAGACUUGGAUUAUAUUACUUACACCAUGAAAAUAUCUCACUUGCAAUAGACACACUUCAAGGUGCACUUCAUUGUGAUCCUACAGACAGUCAGUGCUGGGAAACUAUCGGAGAAGCUUAUUUGCUUAGAGGUAGUUACAAUUCUGCACUGAAAUCGUUCGAAAAAGCAGUCGAACUCAACCCAUCAAAUUUACACUCUCGUUAUUGUGUAGCUCAAAUUCUACUAAUUACAGGCAUCUAUACAGAUGCAAUUAAAGAAUUUCAAAACAUUCUUAAAAUAGAACCAUUCUAUAUUGCAGCAUUUAAAGGAUUAGCAGAGUCAUUUUUAUAUCAGGCAAAAUAUUAUCUGAAUGAAUGUUUCUUUGGACGAUUUAAAGAUUGUUGUCGAGAUGCAAUUUGUAUAUUAUCAAG